AUAAAAUUCGCUUCGCCUCAACUGUCAAAAUUUGGCGAACGUUUAUUUGAUUCGAGAAUCUAACUUAAAAUUCAGAAAACAAUAAAACAAACUACUCAAAAGCAAUUUGAGGUAAUGGUGAAGUUGAUGGAAGGAAAUCCUGAAUUAGCCAGAGGAAUGGCGCCGUUUGGCUUCACAAAAAUAAAAUAGGAUGGAGUUGUGGGAAGGUAUUGCUUCAGAGUUAAACAAUAUCGGCCCUCCAAUACGUAGUAGCAGCGAAUGGAAUAAGGUUUGGUUGGACUACAAGUUAAAAUUAAAAAGGAAAAUUGCAUAUAAUCGAAAAGAGAUUGCAGCCACAGGUGGAGGACCAUACAACCAACACAGUUUAACGACUUUGGAGCAGGCCGUGGACGAGUUGCUCAGCUUGCAGCAGGCAGUGAAUCCAAGCGGAGCCGCAUUUGGAAGCACUGCACCUGCACCUGCAUCUGCAUAUUUAGAAGAAGAACACACACAUUUGGAAGAUGUCGAGGUUCAGCCUGAACAGGCUGGAAAUGUUAGCAUUACGUCUAGGCAGGCACCCGCAAGCAGAGUGGAGGAGCGCAAAAAUUUGCGUAUGAAGGCUUUGGAGAAACAAGCAGAAACGCAAGAAAGCCUUGUCGGUAUUAUGCAAAAUAUUAAUUCGGUGUGUAAUGAAAUUUCAAGAUAUAACAGAAAAAUUUACGAAUUAAAAAAAGAAAAAUUGAACUUAAUAAAUCUCAAAGAGAUAGCGUGA